AUGGCCACCCCCGCCGCCGCACCUGCACCCCACCUUGUCCUCCCCCACCGUGACGCCCACGCCCCACCUUUGGUGGUGCAGCCAUGGAGCACGAGGCGGGUCUCCGGCCGCUCACCCAACCGCAGCGGUGACGGGCGAGGGACGGCCAGGGGCCGCUGCGUCGCACGGAGGGUCGGAGGGAUGCUCGGCGAGGCUGAGGCCGGCGACGGCGCCGGCAUGGAGGCAACGAGCUGCCACUACUGCGGAACCGCGGUAGCAGCGACCUGCAUCGAGUGCCGCGCGCCAGGGUCUACUCCACCACGCCUGCGCCCCGCUCUGUGCCGAAUGCCUCGCCGCUGGGGCCGUCUUCCGCCGCGCCUCUUCCGCCUUCCUCUGCUCCAACUGCGACUUCGGGAGGCACAUGUCCACGGCCGCUGCGCCGUGCUGCCGAAGAUGGUGCUUGGUGGAACAUCUAGGAGGACGAGGAACCCCAGGUGCUGA